AUAACCAAUUUAUUAACAAUAACAAUGAAUCUUUUUCCCAAAAAGCCCUAUCCUAGCAGCAAGGAGGGCGUAAUAAAGUGUAUUUUCUUUUGCGAGUUUCACCACACUGCUGGGCCAAUUAUUUCCUGCCAGGUCCCCGAUAAUUAUAUUUCAAAGGAACUCUUUGACAGCAUUAGCGUUUAUAUAAUUACUAAGGCUGAACUGCAACGGAGCACUAUUACAGUUACCCUGGAAGACUACAAAGUUUUAGGAUUCCCCAUUAGAAUCGACAACAAAAAAUACGCCCGAAACGCUUUCCACUUCAACCUGUGCUUUGUGUGCGAUAGCGACACCAGAACCGUACAAUAUGAGCACGUUGUUACGAAACUAUCAGACUAUUUAUUGUCCAUGGAAAUUGAAAGUGCCUUUCUUUCGGCUAAUAAUCCGAGUGAUAACCUGACGCCGAUUUUAGAAAAAGUUUUACACGAUUUGAACACAAAAGGGGAAUGUGCUUUGACUGAAGGUCCUAUUGCCACUCACCUAAAAGUUUGCAAAAUUCGCAGUGAUCCGCAGCUGGUGCUCGACCAUCAAGUGCCCAUAUUUGUUAAGGCUUUGCCUGCAAAUCAAUGGGAUUUGACUACUCAGCAAGUUACCCCUUAUAUCGAUGGGUUCAAUCAUGUGGCUAGAAUAGCAGCCCUUUCAGAUGUAGAUAACAGUUUAGUUAAAGCUUGCAUACAAAAUUUGGUAUACUAUAACGUAGUGGCUCUAGUGCCAUUAUUUCAAUAUGGAAAUGUUUAUUGCUCCACACCAAAAUUACGCACCUUGGCUCACGAUAACGAGUUACAAAAGCGUUGUUUGCACUACGUAACCCGUUCACAUCGACAAUUUCCAAAUGUGCGAGACGUUUUUCGCGUUUAUGCGGCAAUGAGUCGCGGUACCACCAUUAAAGAUUUGUGCAGCAGGUUCAACUUGUGUAGUAUGAGAAUAAACGAAAGGAAACUGGUACAAUUUGGAGUGCUCGAAGGACUUAUAAGAAGGAUCCAAAAGUAUCCGAUUUUGAUUGGGGAAAAUUCGGAGCUGCAAAAGUCGUUUACUGGAAGUUGUACUAUGGACGAAGUUUGUUGCGCCACUGGAGUGGCGACGCAACAGUUGGAAGAUCGGCUUGAACGGGAUCAUAAUAUUGUUUUGAUGUGCAAAUAAUUUCGCUUUGUGACGACACUUUACUUAUUUAUCAUUCUUUGAUUCUCAGGCUGAAGUAACCUUUUUUUAUUUGAGAGGCCUUGUUAUAUAACAAUGUUUGAAUGUUGUUUCCAGCGCUAUUGUCUUAUAGACACAGUAUCUAAAAAGGCAUUGUACUAUUUCAGAUAUAACUAUGUAUAUAAAUUUAAAAAAAUAAACAUAUGAAUAUUUAUCCUAAAUACAGUUUUACCACAGAA